CGACUACCAGUCAAUCGUUCAUGAGUGGAAAACCAUAGAAAUUCUCUCAAAAAAUCUCGAGGAUUGGUUGUUGUGCAUUUUUCUUGUGUGUUACAAAGCUUAUAAGCAUCAUCGACGUAAUCUUGUGAGGAUUGAGUUCAGCCGAGCAUUGUUUCAGUUAGGGUUAUGAAUGGCGGUCUGCUGUUAUCCACAUUCAACACCACAGCCCCAGAAUGGAGUUUAAAGUGGAGAUUAUGGGGAACAACAACUUCAAUUUCAAGACAUAGAUAUAAUCAUAAUGUAAAGAGCUUAUCAUCAUCAUCAGAAGCUGGUGUUAAUGGCGAAUUGAGAAGGGCGUUAUUGGAACAACUGGAUAAGGAGCUCAAUAAAGGCGAUGAUAGAGCUGCACUCUCUCUGGUUAAGGAUUUGCAGUCUAAACCAGGCGGUUUGAGAUGCUUUGGUGCUGCUCAGCAGGUACCCCAGAGGCUAUACAGCUUAAAUGAAUUAAAACUCAAUGGCAUAGAGACUUCAGCUCUUUUAUCCCCAAAAGACAACACUCUGGGUACUAUAGAAAGAAAUCUACAGAUUGCUGCUUUGUUAGGGUUCAUUUCUGCUUGGAAUUUGUUUGAUUUAGGCCCAGAAGAGCUCUUAUAUUUCUCAUUGGGAAUCUUUUUCCUUUGGACACUUGAUUCGGUGGCUUUUGCUGGAGGAUUUAGCAGUCUAGUUCUUGAUACUAUUGGCCAUAACAUUAGUCAAAAGUAUCACAACAGAGUUAUUCAACAUGAAGCUGGACAUUUCUUGAUUGCUUAUUUAUUGGGAAUACUUCCAAAGGGAUAUACACUAUCAAAUUUUGAGUUUACUGAAGAAAUAAGCGCAGGAAGAGUAUCAGCCAAGAUGUUGAACAGGUUUUCAUGUAUAGCAUUAGCAGGAGUUGCAACUGAAUACCUUCUUUAUGGUUAUGCUGAAGGAGGUCUUUCUGAUGUUAACACGUUGGAUAAGUUGUUAAACAGCUUGGGAUUCACUCAAAAGAAGGCGGAUUCUCAAGUGAGAUGGGCGGUACUCAACACCAUCCUAAUUUUACGCCGCCACGAAAGAGCACGAACUCAUCUCGCGAACGCCAUGUCAGCGGGGAAAUCGGUAGGGUCUUGCAUUGAUGUCAUAGAGAAAAACAUUGAUGAAAUUGACUUGAUGAUUUCAUAA